GCACCAUAUUGAGGAAGUAAAUACACGUUUGUGUGUCUCGUGAUUAUUUUGGGUGAAAAUGUGGUUGUUUAUGUUGCUCGUAGUCGCUUUAACUGUUUCAGGGUCGUCAUCAGUAUGUCCGUGUGUACAAGAGGAGCUGUGUCGUCCUGUUCAGCAUGAACAUGAGUUCGAAGUAUUUGUGUUUGAUGUUGGGGGCAAGGCAUGGAAAUUUUAUGACUGGUCCCAUGUGACGACUAUUGCUGCUUUUGGAAAAUAUGAUGCUGAGCUAAUGUGUUAUGCUCAUUCAAAAGGAGCCAGACUUGUUUUAAAAGGUGAUGUGCCUCUCUCAGAUAUUGUGGAUGCUACCAAAAGGACAGCUUGGAUUGCAGAAAAACUCAAUUUGGCUAAAAGCCAGUUCAUGGAUGGCAUAAACCUUGACAUUGAGCAGGCUGUAGAGGAGUCUUCCCCUGAGUACUAUGCUUUGACGGCCCUUGUCAGGGAGACCACAGAAACAUUUCAUAAAGAAAUUCCAGGCUCUCAGGUCUCGUUUGAUGUGGCUUGGUCACCCAAGUGCAUCGAUAAGCGCUGCUAUGACUACAAAGUGAUUGCAGAUUCCUGUGACCUGGUUUUUGUCAUGUCUUAUGAUGAACAGAGUCAGAUCUGGGGGGAGUGCAUUGCAAUGGCAAAUGCACCAUUAAAUCAAACACUGACAGGAUAUGAUCAAUACCUGGGAUUAAAAAUAGAUUCCAAAAAACUAGUGAUGGGAGUUCCAUGGUAUGGCUAUGACUACACAUGCCUGAAUUUGACUAAGGAGGGGAUCUGUACAAUUUCUAAAGUGCCUUUUAGAGGAGCUCCUUGCAGUGAUGCAUCUGGAAAGCAAAUCCCUUACAGCACUAUAAUGAAACAAAUCAAUAGCUCCACGUCUGGGAGGCUGUGGGAUGAAAUCCAACUAGCUCCCUAUUAUAAUUAUAAGGAUGGCAAGGGGAACAAUCAUCAGGUGUGGUAUGAUGAUCCGGACAGCAUUUCGUUGAAGGCUGUCUAUGUAGGACAGCGGAGUUUGAGAGGGAUCGGCAUGUGGAACGGAAAUCUCCUUGACUACAGCAAUGACCCUGUUGCCCAGCAGCAAAGUGCUGAGAUGUGGAAUGCACUCAUUCCCAAAACAAAUGUACACCUCUGACAAUCUCCUAUAAGACUAAAACUGCAACCUCCUAUCCAGUAAAACAUUUUUCUCAGAUCUAAUCAAAGAGAUUACUUAAGACUUGAUUUUUUUAAUGACUUCACUCAAUAAAUAUCAACAUUUUUCGCAUUUAAUUUUUUCAAUGCAUACAAAGAUUCUCAGUGUGAUCUUUAAAGCUGUGAAUAAAAAAUCGUUUUAAAGACA